GCUGGAGUCUCAGUGCGCCGGUGGAGCCGCUGCGCUGCGCACUGAUCACCGACUGCGACUUUACGACAUUUUUAAUCUGGAUACGAGCCGAAAUCAGGGACAUAAAGAGGAUUUAAAGCAGCAAAAAGUUUGUUCCCGGGCGAAUGGAUGGCGUGUCAGGGUCAGAAUGCUGAUGGUCUGUAAAAUCAUCCCCGUCUUUUGAUAAGGACCCUCCCUCUGGAGUUUCAUGUGUCAUCGGGACCAAACAGACACCAACGUUACAGCAGAACCCGGCAAACCUCCCAGAUCUAAAAGAUUGAUGAGGCCUGGACGCCUGGCUCCGUGUCGAUAAGGCAGCUUUCAUCUUUCUUCUUCUCUGCUUUUAUUUCCGAGUCCUGGGGGAGGAUCAUGACAGGCGAAGGCCUCGCUUGGCCUUUCAGACCAGAGGAAUCAUGAUUUUCCUCGGAUGUUCUGCCUCCGCUUCCUUCCGCUUCUCCGGGUUUAGCUGCAGUUUGGGAGCCGGGCGGGAAAUCGGAGUCGGCAUGCCGCUGUGGGGCCGCCGGAGCUGGAACCGGGUGAAAACACAGAGGGAACAGAGCUGAACCCAAAUGACGUCAUCAAACAGAGCUCCACACAGGACAAUGUGCAACAUCUCCUUCUGUAAUGUGGACAGUAAGGUGGACCAGUUCUUCCAGCCCACUCUGUACAUCAUAGUCAUCGUUCUGGGGCUUCCGACCAACUGCAUGGCUCUGUGGGCCGCGUACAUGCAGGUACGUCAGCGUAACGAACUCGGCAUUUAUCUGAUCAACCUGUCGGUGGCUGACCUCCUCUACAUUAUCACUCUUCCUCUGUGGAUCGACUACUUCCUGCAGCACGACGAUUGGAUCCAUGGCCAGGAGAGCUGCAAACUGUUCGGCUUCAUCUUCUACACAAACAUCUAUGUCAGCAUUGCCUUCCUGUGCUGUAUAUCACUGGACCGGUACCUGGCUGUGGCGUAUCCGCUGCGCUUCGUUAAGGUCCGGCGGAUCAAGACAGCCGUUUGCGUCAGUGCCAUCGUCUGGAUCAUUGAGAUUAUCGCCAACUCCGCUCCUCUCUUCCACGACGAACUCUUCCAGGACCGUUUCAACCACACCUUCUGCUUCGAGAAGUACCCGAUGCAGGACUGGGUGGCAGGAAUGAACCUCUACAGGACUUUCCUUGGUUUCCUGGCGCCCUGGACAGCCAUGCUGGUCGCCUACAGAGGGAUCCUAGCCGCAGUGCGGUGCAACGUCUCCACAGAGCGCCAGGAGAAAGCCAAAAUCCAGCGGCUGGCCUUGAGUUUAAUUCUCAUCGUCCUGCUGUGCUUCGGACCGUACCACAUGCUGCUACUGGUGCGCAGCGUCAUGUUUCUGAGGAAGCCGUGCGACUGUAGCUCAGAGGAGACGCUGUUUGCUGCGUACCAUGUAGCGCUGGCGCUAACUAGCCUGAACUGUGUAGCCGACCCCAUUUUGUACUGCUUCGUCAACGAGGGCGCCAGGAACGACGUCAGCCGCGCCCUUUACGCCAUCUUGUCCUCGGCGUGCCAGAGGCGCUCCUCGUCCUCGCCGUCGCAUGCCGACAUACUCAAUGCUGGUUCCGUCACCAUGGAGACGCCUCUUGCGACAAAGAAGCCGUCGUGCGUCUACGUCGACGGCAGAAAGCCGAGCAGCUACAAGACUGAGCUGCUAGCCAUGAAGGAGGAAUGUCUGCAGAUGACCAUCCUUGCGGUUAAAAAGUGAAUUCUGGGAAACGGCAAAAACCGGUUCAAACCGUCAGGCGCUGCGAAGCGGAGGGUCGCCGCGAGUCCAGGGAGCGAUUUCUCCCACGACGAGCGGGGCGAAGUGGGAUGUGUUCGGCGGUGGUUGACGGGAGGAGACCAGGGUUCCGCUGAAACGCCAAAAUGAGAUUCAUGAGAUCUAAAGAAACAGCGUUCAAGAUGUGCUGAUCUCAUGAGCAGUAAUUCAUUUCUCCUUUAGAGCCUGGAAAGUGAAAGUCUGGCUACCGCUGCUGCUAGCCUGUUAGCAUGUUAGCCUGCUAGCCUGCUAGCAUAGCAGGAAAUCUGGGCAACAUUUAUUUGAAGGAGUGCAUAAGACUGACAUGAACAUGAAGGAGUCUAAAUGUUUAUGACUGUUGUCAUGAAGUGUCAGGCGGUAAAUAAUGACAUUUAAAUACA